CGUCCCAUUUUCAACUAACGUGUGCAUCUGUUGUGUAAAACGCUUUUUACUAUCAAGUCAAAUGAGUCUUUGAAAUCUUUUAAUGUCAUACGAGACUAACUACGGAUAACUGAUAUUGUAGUUUUAAAUACUACCAAGUCACCUGUUAAAUUUGCGUUACAUUGAACUUAACCUAAAGAUCGCGAUAUUAGGAGUACAUGCUAUUUAACAGCUUCGGGUAACACAAGUUGUCUUAUUGAUUACUGAGGAUCGUUACUUUACAGUUCCGCGCUGACAAGGACAUACGUGUAGCAAUUUUCCUGAUCUGAUAAUAAUUAUUAGAUUGGUGGAACCAGACCAGAGGGAUCCUGGAACAGAAUGGAGCCAUCCGAGGUGAAGAUAGGGUUUAUUGGUGCUGGAAGUAUGGCCUUUGGCAUUGCUAAGGGGAUCUUACUUUCAGGGGGCGUCCUAGCCACGAACGUGACGGUGAGCGCUCCCUCCUCCAACAACCUGGGACGCUUUAAGGAGCUGGGCGCAGCUGUGACCCACUGUAAUACUGAAGCAGUAGCUGCCUCGCGCCUCAUCUUCCUCGCUGUGAAGCCCCACCUGGUCCCGGCGAUCCUGCGUGAGGUCGCCCCUCGCGUUACCCGCGAGCACGUUGUCGUCUCUGUAGCUGCGGGCGUAACCAUAGCAACACUGGAGGAACUCCUCCCUCCCGAGUCUGUUGUCCUUCGCCUUAUGCCCAACCUCCCCUGCAUGGUCCAGGAAGGGGCCUUACUCUUCUCGCGGGGCUCCAGGGCAGGGCCCGAUGAGGGAGCGCUGCUGAAGACCCUGCUGCGGCCCUGUGGCCUGGUGGAGGAGGGGCCUGAAUCCUGGAUCGAUGCCCACACCGGGCUGAGCGGCAGCGGCGUGGCCUUUGUGUACCUGUUUGCAGAGGCGCUCGCUGACGGCGGGGUGAAGAUGGGCAUGCCCAGCGCUCUGGCCCAGCGCAUCGCAGCACAGACCGUCCUGGGAGCCGGCCGGCUUCUGCAGGACUCCGGAAGGCACCCGGCCCAGCUGCGCUCUGACGUCUGCACACCAGGGGGCACCACCAUCUAUGGACUGCAUGCCCUGGAGCUGGGGGGACUCCGGGCUGCGGUGAUGGGGGCUGUGGAGGCGGCUACAGAGAGGGCCAGGGAGCUGGGCAGGAAGUGAGCUCACAGAGACAUGGGUGGGAAUCCUGGUGAUGUGGCGGCGUUGGCAUGGUAACGAGAUGGCAUCCUGCAUGUUAAUAGGUGCUGGAACCCCUUAAUCUCCAUGACAACACAAUGUGGAUUGAUGUCAAUUAGUUCAUUAGCUUAAUGUGAUUACUUCCAGUAAUUUUUUUCAUUUGACUGUAAGCUAACUGUCUGAGUAACUGUGACCAUUUCACAUUUCUGGAAAGAAAAAUUGUUGUAUUUGGACCUUUUAUUUAUUGUGAUCAUUUUGUCCACCUUUUACUUAAAAAAGAUUUUAAGAGAUGCGCUUCCUCGUUCCCUUAUGCUGUAGUCUGACGACAGCUAAUUACGUAGAGCUUCAUUCUGUCUCACUCAGUUUAACUGAAGAUCCUAUUAAUGUACUACUGCUGUAAUCUGUUAAUGUAACAUAUUUCAUGCUGUGCAUUAUUGGAAACCUGUAUGCAGCAUGCUUCUGUAAUGACAAUGCAGGACAGAGGGUCUCGGUGAAUGUGGUCUGGACUCUGUCCUUGAGGGAAUAAUGAUGAUGGGUAAAACAUGGUGUUUCAGUUAGCUGCACAGGGGCUUCACACCCCCAGGGUUCUGGGUUCGACUCCCACCCCUGGCUCUGUGUGUGCGGAGUUGGCAUGUUCCGCCCAUGUCAGUAUGGGUGUCCUCCAGGCUAUCUGCUGUCUGUAAAUUGCCCACAUCCCAUGCAGGGUGUCCCCAGCCCUGGAGGACGCACUUCGGCUUGUGCUGUACCCUGAUACACAAGCAAACACUGUUUAGCCAGUAAUCAUGUUUUCUGGUAUUACUUAAUUAUUUUUUUGGGGGUGUGUGUUUGGGGUGGGGGGUACAUUUAACAGCCUACUAACCCAGUCAGCACAGUUUCACUGUACUAUAAUAAAGAUCAAACCCAGGAUAGAGGGGCUUGGUGAAUGUGGUCUGGGCCCUGUGCAUGAGGGUCACUGUGUGAGAGACGCUGUAGAAGGACAGAGUCACUGCCCUGGGAUCCAGGUACACCCCAGUCCUGGAGGAGGGGGAGGGGCAGAUACUGCACAUUCUACUUUAUUGUGUUGGAAUGAGUAAGUGGACCAUGAGCAGUACAAACGCCCAGACUUGUCGUUGUAUCCAAGUGCACUGUCAAAUGUCCCCCACAAUGCAAUAAAAACCUGUUAUUUUGACGUUAUGGAGACCACUUCAGGUCACCACAAAGAUCUGUGAUUGCAGUCAAGAAUCUAAAAAUGCCAAACAUCUCAUAUUUUCGGGGCUGGGUUGGGUCAUUUUGGGAUUAGAUUUUUCCCCAUAGAAAUGAAUGGAAAGUCCCCAGAAAGAUAUAAUUACAAAUGUGUGUUUGUGUGUGUGUGUGAUGGCUGUGAUGUGAUACACACAUAAUCAGGUUAAAACGCUGCAUCAAACCAAAUGUGUAUAUUAGAAAAAUAAAAAGAUCAUUACCUUCUAGAACAUAUGUUGAAUAACUGCAAAAACAUACGUGAUUAAUGCAGUUUUCAUUAGAGAUGGCACAAAGUUAUUUGGCACAAAGUGAAAGGCAUUGCUGUUACGCUACAGGAGGAAAUCCAUGGCAGGCAUGAUUUACUCGAGUCUGUUUCUUUGUCUUAUUCAGGUACAGCUUUAACGAAGAUGAGCAGGAAUAUUUCUUCGUGCCACUUCAAUGUGCUCUAUUAGCUCACUUCACAUUUCAGCCUGUGCUCUAUCAGCUCACUUCACAUUUCAGCCUGUGCUCUAUCAGCUCACUUCACAUUUCAGCCUGUGCUCUAUCAGCUCACUUCACAUUUCAGCCUGUGCUCUAUCAGCUCACUUCACAUUUCAGCCUGUGCUCUAUCAGCUCACUUCACAUUUCAGUCUGUGCUCUAUCAGCUCACUUCACAUUUCAGCAUGUGCUGAAUUCAGAAUUCAGCAUACGGCUGAUUCUGGCUCGGCGUGGUUUGAGAACCAGCCUGCGUUUCCACUGAUUUCAAAAAGGAAUGGAACAGAAAUGUCACUUAGGUGGAAAUGGGAAUAAAGUAAAGCUUAAUCUGUA